AUGCCAGGAAGUUCGAACAAGACAAUAUGGCUGGUCACUAGAGAAACUCCACCGAAAUCAUCCCAUUACUUCUCCGAACACCCUCCUACUUCGCACGCCGCCGAUACCCAGAGCCUCAGAGACUACCGUCUCCGAGAAUUCAGAAAUGAUAUCAGGAGUGUAACUCUUGCGGACGUUCAAGCUGCUGCCGCGAGUAGUUUUGGUGCUACCCGCUCCGCAACGGAUGCCACCCAAAAUGCCAGGACUAGUAAGGAUGUCUAG